ACAACUUCAACUUUCAUACACACCAUAUUUAUUCUUACCCUUCUUUUGGACGAGGAUAUGGCCUUUGAGGACACGCGUCGUUCUUCGGUACGGCGCAAACGAUAUACCGAAGAAGACACAAGUCCGACUACCACCCGAGAACUGCAUGGGUGGUUUUCUUACGCCAUCGCAGCUGAAGUCUACGCAGUGAUUGGAGUAGGAUUGUUCUUACCUGUGACUUUGGAACAAUUACCGCGAGAAAAUGGCUUUUUGUUUUCGGAUCGUAACACACCCUGUGUGCUUCCGCGUGGAUCCGGCCGCGCCAGUGACGGCCCACGUUCCACGCUGCUUGUUAGAGCAGAUGAAAGCGGCGACGAACAGUGUGUUGUGAGGUUUAUGGGUGUUGAUGUCACGACUACGAGUUUGGCCAUGUACACGACAAGCGCAGCGGUACUUGUACAGGCACUCACUUUAAUAUGCUUCAGCUCGUUUGCAGACCACGGCCCGUACCGAAAGAAAAUGCUACUCACGUUUGCUUACACGGGGUCGGUCACGAGCGCCUUGUUUAUGUUCAUCGGACCCAGCGUGUACUACCUGGCACCGUUCUUAGUCAUUGUUGGAGUGACUUGUUUAGGAUGUUCUUUUACACUUUUGAACGCUUUUCUUCCACUCCUCGUGGCCAAUUCUUCUGAAAACGUCACUACUAAGUUUUCACCGAAUGUGGAAAACAGUGAAGAACAUGAUGAAGAAUCCUCAAGCUAUGAGCUAGACGAGCUCAAUCCGGAUGCCACCCCAGAUGCUACAUCAGCACGCUCGGAAAAGCUCAAGCAAGACCUCGAACGUUCUUCUCAAAUCUCUGCGAAGGGUGUAGGCUUAGGAUAUGCUGCCGCCGUAUUAUUCCAGAUCUUGAGCGUUGUUCUCUUGGCCAUAUUUUCCAAGACCUCAAUUUCGAAGAGCAGUCCCACAUUACCUAUGCGCGUCGUCCUCUUCCUCGUUGGUAUCUGGUGGGCGGUUUUCACUAUCCCAACUGUCCGCUGGCUACGCUCGCGGCCAGGUCCACCGUUGCCAACCCAGUCCAAACCUUCUUCCAGGACCAACUCUGGCAAAAGUGUCAUAUUUUAUGCUCUCUUCUCUUUCCGAUCCUUUUGGAACACACUGGCUCAUGCCUUUCGCCUUCGCCAAGCCCUAAUAUUUCUCCUUGCCUGGUUUCUUCUCUCGGACGCCAUCGCUACUAUCUCAGGCACUGCCAUCCUCUUCGCGCGCACUGAGCUUCACAUAGACACUAUACCUUUGGUGUUCCUUUCUCUGACGUCUAUAGCUUGCGGUAUGCUCGGUGCCUUCUCUUGGCCACGCCUCGCAUCACGCUUCUCCCUUUCGCCCAAAGCAGUCCUCAUGAUAUGCGUGGCUGCCCUAGAAGUCAUUCCUUUGUAUGGAUUGCUUGGCUUUAUUCCAUUCAUCAAACGCCUAGGGAUAGGAGGCAUUCAGCAACCAUGGGAAAUCUAUCUAGUCGCUAUCCUUCAUGGUCUUGUAAUGGGUGGCAUAUCGAGCUACGCACGCUCUGUAUAUGCUCCACUUAUCCCUGCAGGGAGAGAGGCCGCCUUCUUUGCCUUGUAUGCUGUCACUGAUAAAGGUAGUAGCGCAGUGGGACCAGCGAUUGUGGGGCUGAUCGUAGAUCGUGCGGGAACUAUCCGGCCCGCCUUUGCUUUCCUGGCCGUUCUGGUCUGUUUGCCUGCGCCGUUACUUUGGUGGCUUGACGUGGAAAAGGGAAGAAGGGAUGCUGCAGUUAUGUUGGAAGGAAUAAGUGAAAGAGAUAGAGGCGGGUAUGAGGUUGUGGGAGAGGAAGAUGAAGAGUGA